AUGGCCCGCUUACGUCAAUCUGCUCCCACGAAACGGAAGCGGAAGUCUACAGAUACGAAGCCCAACAAGCGCCAUCGGAGGGUCGUUCCGUCGAGCAGCGCUAGCGAGUACAACUCUGACUCCGAGGGUUCCGAAAAUGAGCACGAAGAAGACGCGAAUUCCAAAGACGAGGAUAAUAGUCAAGGAGGUGAAAUCGGGGAGGGAUACUGGAAAGCCAAGCCUAUUCUGAAAGAACGGUCCGGCGAGUACCUGAUAGAUUGGGCAGGAGUCGAUCCCAAGACCAAGAAGCCUCAACUCGUUCAAGCGUGGUUGAAGGGAAAGCGGAAGCGUUCGAGCGUAGCGGGCAAGACAAAAUCGGCGCAAGAACCUCCAGGAUCUCGAGAGGAAGACGUCCAAGAAGCUCAAAUAUCUCACUCAAGGCACGAGAAUCUAGAAGCCCAGGAACUUGAAGACAGUGAGCUUCUUGACGACGUUGUUACGGAACCUGCUCGAAACCACCCUCAGAGAGUGCAUCGGGCCUCCAACAGCCGGCAACGUACUCCACAUCGCGAAGUACUCGAUAGCUCCGGAUCUGUGUUACCAGCCGACUCGGACUUAUUGAUUGGCCAGAGCUCGCGAGCAGAAGGGUCAACGCCUGGAACCCAGCCGCUUAUUGAAGACUCAGACGUUGAGGACGGUUCGGCGUCGUAUCUGCCGUCUACUACUCAAGCCUCUGCAUCAGGCGUUAGUGUAUCCGAAUCUUCAGGCAAUCCAUUUGUAAGUACUGCCGGUAAUCAGAGCACAACAGAUUCGCCUGAAGAGGCUCAAAAGGAGAUUCGAAGCAGUGCUGAAGUUGCGCACGUCCACGAGGAACCGGCACGCUUGGAACCGAACCAGACCUUCCUUUCAAGCCCGCACGAGUUCGAUUCCGGAGACGCCCCCCUCCAACCACCUCCUAGUGACAGUCAAGUUAUUGCAGUGUUUGGCAUUCAUACCCAAACACAACCCGGGAGCAUCGAAAUACCAGAGACCCCGUUCCAGGCGGAGCCUGAAUCUGUAUCUCACCCUACAGGCUCUGGUGAGGAACUCGGAGCGAGUGUCAAUCAAAGUCCUCCAUUCGACCAAACCGCAUUUGAAGAGCCCUCCGCCUCCUUCGUACCAUCUCUGGACCAAAUAGCAGUGGACAUUCAUAAGGACAAUUCCGCAAACCUCAAUAUCACCGAAGAAAGCCGCUCAGAUAGAGAAACUCUACACAUCGCGACUGCACCUCAGACAGAGCUCACCACUGAUCCUGUGAUUCAAGAAGGGGUAGUGAAUAACAGUCAUCUUCUACCGAAUUCGCCGGACAAGACCAUCGCAUCGAAUACCACAACGACUACCCAGGAGCCCGGCGACUCUAACAAUAUAAUUGGGCACGUAAAGGAGGUUGACCAGAUCUCAAGUCGCGAUUUCGGACAUCAUUCGCAAGUUUGCAGCUCAGCUACGAACCGCGGUACGGGCGCUGAUUCUUUGGGACUGCAAGAAUCCAACCCGCUACAAGAGCAACAGGCCCAGGUCGUGCCUUCAAGUCCUUAUCUGAGCACCCAAGAGUCUCAGAUCGAAGACAUCCGCCCAACCACGGAACUCUCUUACACUGCAGGGCGGCGCCCUUCAACCCCUCCUUCACGGCACGAUUCUUCACAGGAGUCUGGGAAAGACGGGAAUUCACCCAUCGAACGCACACUUGACGAUUUCUCGAUCCUGGGUCCGCCCCCAUCUCGAUCACUCGAAGAACUUGACUCCAAUCUGCCUCCAAGACCACAUACUCCCGUUCCUACGUCCUCCCUCUCUGCCAUUAUGAGUUCGGAGUAUCCAGAAGAAGAUUUUGCUGCUCGCGCUCGCAGGGAGUUUGCAAGUCUCCGCGAGAAGAAGUGGGGAACCCCUCAACGACAACGUCCGGAUGGGACGCAGGGAACAUUAUCUCCAGCUAUGGAUGGCACUCGCUCACCCUCCACGAUCCCAGACCGGGCCCCACAAGGGCCAGCACCCCCUCCUCUGCUUACGGCUGCGCUCAUGAACUCUACUGCCGUGCAGAUUCCGGAAAUGCCUUUGGAUGAUGCUGCCGCAGUCGUCACGGAACGUCCUUCUCUUGCAGCACCCACAACCAAUCAGGCCCCUCAGUCUGUAAUGGACAGUAUCAUCCAGCCAAGGAAAGAGGCCGAUGAACCAGCUCGUCAAAGAUGGAGCCCGCUUCCAGGGUCAAGUGAUGAGAGUGCGAGCUUGGCCGAGGAGAUUCGCAGCGACUCAGGUGAAAGUUACCUUGAGGAUGACAUACACCUUGCGGAUGACAGGCUCUGCGAACAUAUUGUUCCCUUGUUGAUGGGCGGACGACAAAAGGAUGCAUAUAUCAAGGAAAUUCGCCUAAAAAAAGAUCCCCUCGAGUCGUUUGCAAUGGAUCCCCAAGCAUUCCGUGAUUUGGGCGAAGUUGAGGAGAUCUUCAACAGACUUCGAGCCGUGGAGACCCAUGUGGAUCUGCUCUGGGCUGAGAGCGCCUCAGCAGAUGUCAGUCCUCAGAGACAAGCGCAGUGGGACGUUGAUAGCAGCGUGAAGUUUGCAUUCCUUAGCGCCCUGCUACGUCGUCUGAAGGAGCUUGAUUGGCAUGUAAUAAUCGUGCUAAAGGAGGGCAAUGAGCGUCUCUUCGACAUUCUCGUGAAGUUCCUCAGGGGCAAUCUCGUCAACUACACCUGCCCGGCCAAGAGCCAACAUGCGGACUUCUCGGAAGUUGAAGGGUCUGUGAGAGUGACUUUGUUAUCUAGCGAUUCGAGCUUCAUCGUCUCCCCACCAGACGUGAUCAUCAGCCUCGACGGAGCCAGCGCUGCGGAGAUCGGAAAGAGGAACUGGAGUGUCAAUCCGGAUCGAAAACAAAUCCCGUUGCUACAGCUAGUCAUACCGCGCUCUGUCAGCCAUAUCGAGCUUUCGUUGUCCCCAAAACUCACGAAGCGAGACCGGUUACACGCUGUAGUCGCUUGCUUAUCCCAGCUACAUAAAGAGACCGGGCGGCCCUUAGUUGACACACCGCACGAAACCGAGGCUGCUGAUAUGAUUGCUCAUUACCUCAUCAGCACAGACAUUGCAAGUCAGAAUGAUGAAGGAUGGCCUUUGCCCCCGAUUCACAGCAUCAAGGAUGUGAUUGAGUUCACGCCGCAACAGUACAGCUCGCAGCUCUCUCAGACCAGAUUAGCCUCUCCUACUCCAUCCGCACCUCAAGCCACCUUGAAGCGUCCUCUGGUAAGUAACAAAAGCGACAUCACAUCAUGA